UAUAUUAUCAAUUAUAAUGUAAUUUUCAUAUGUCCCAUUACAUAUAAAUGUUAUGUACACGAUAUUGAAAUUAUGUUUAGAUAGAAAUAAUGUCGUCAUCAACCAACACUUGACAGAAAGAAAAAGAUAAAUUAAGUGACACAAAAGACCUCGACGCAAACAGCAAUCCGCAUCUCAGGUACUUUCUUGUUAUAAAUAAAACUAAACGAGUAGAAGUGUGAGUUUAUCAAAAAUAGAUGACCUUAUUUGCAAAACUAUUAAGUAAUUAUAUGGGCCGUUUUCUAAGGCCCAAUAUUUAGAGCUUGAUCGUCAAAAGCCCAACCAUUUAUGUUCUUCUUCCUCGCUCUCACACUCCUGUCCUCAAGCUUCGUCGAUCUGAAUCACUUUCUCUGGAGUUAUGGAAGAUGAAAUUAGUUCGUUUUUUGAAUCAUCCCCACCUCUGAAGAACAUGAAGGAGACUACAGAGAAUCUUAAUCAUUUCAUCGAGCUGAAUUCUUCGUCACAAGGAGGAAGGAGGAUCGUAUGUGUGACUUCAGGUGGAACAACGGUUCCAUUGGAGCAACGAUGUGUAAGGUAUAUCGAUAACUUCAGCUCCGGAAAUAGAGGUGCUGCUUCUACUGAGAAUUUUGUGAAGGCUGGAUAUGCUGUGAUAUUUCUGUAUAGGAGGGGAACUUUCCAACCGUAUUGCCGGUCUCUUCCCGAUGAUCCAUUCCUUGAAUGUUUUGAGUUUCCAGAUAAGACUAACAUUCAAGUUCAUAAAUCACAUUUGGAAGCUGUGAAAAUGGCUGUUAUGGAUCAGCAAGCAGCAGUAGCCGAAGGUCGCUUACUAAAACUCCCAUUCUCAACCAUAUAUGAGUAUCUUCAGAUGUUGCGGUUGAUUGCAAUGGUAUUGAAAGAUGUUGGUCCAUAUUCAAUGUUUUAUCUUGCUGCUGCUGUAUCUGACUUUUAUGUGCCAUGGGAUAGCAUGACAGAGCACAAAAUAGAAUCAGGAUCUGGUCCUUUAGACAUAAGACUAGCUCAAGUCCCUAAAAUGCUAUCAAUCUUGAGAUCCAAGGCUUUCUGCAUAUCAUUCAAGCUUGAGACAGACUCAAAGAUUCUGAUAGAGAAGGCUACAAAGGCUCUAAGAAAAUACAAAGUUCACGCAGUUGUAGCCAAUGAGCUAUCAACGCGUAAGGAAGAGGUUGUGGUUGUUUCAAGCAGUGGUAAUGUUGUGGUUAGACGCGAAUGGGAUAAGCCUGAAUCUAUUGUUGAAGAUAAUCUCAUUCGUCUCAUCGUAGACCGACAUUCAACAUACAUCAAAGAAUAUCACAGUUGAUUCCAUGCUUCUAAGUCGAUAAAAGUUUGAAUAUUUCCUUAACACAAAAUAGAAUCUGUAGAUGUUCUAUGUGCAUUAGUUAUGUGUAUGAUAUGAGUGAUUAAGUUUAACCAUAAUUUUAAACAAUAUUUCAGAUUUGUA